CACAGAGAGAACUAUCAGUUGAAAUCCACACAUCAGAGAAUAAAGAAUAAUAAUUUUUGAAGUAAAUAUAGCGAAAAAUAUAUAAACUGGCCAAAAGCUACGAAAGUAAGCUGUAACACAGGAUAAAUACUUUUUAUAUUAAUAGUUAAUUUAAUUUUAUAAACGUAGUAUAAAGGAGAAUUCAUUCGCAAUGAAGAUUUGCUUAUUGCUACUGGCCGUGGUGGCCUUUGUUAGUCUUUCACAUGGUGAAGAGAAGAAGGAGAAAGAUAAGGAUAUUGGCACAGUUAUUGGUAUCGAUUUGGGUACAACAUACUCUUGUGUUGGUGUCUAUAAAAAUGGCCGAGUAGAAAUCAUUGCCAACGAUCAGGGUAACCGUAUCACACCAUCUUAUGUUGCAUUUACUGCUGAUGGCGAGCGUUUGAUUGGUGAUGCUGCGAAAAAUCAAUUGACAACUAAUCCCGAGAACACAGUGUUCGACGCGAAACGUCUCAUUGGCCGCGAAUGGUCGGAUACUAAUGUGCAACACGACAUAAAAUUCUUCCCGUUCAAGGUUGUUGAAAAGAAUUCGAAACCACACAUCAGCGUAGCCACUUCUCAGGGUAACAAAGUGUUUGCGCCUGAGGAGAUUUCUGCUAUGGUUUUGGGUAAAAUGAAAGAGACUGCUGAGGCUUACCUUGGAAAGAAGGUCACUCAUGCAGUGGUUACUGUGCCAGCCUAUUUCAAUGAUGCUCAACGUCAGGCUACCAAAGAUGCAGGUGUCAUUGCCGGUUUAAAUGUGAUGCGUAUUAUCAACGAACCUACAGCGGCCGCUAUUGCUUACGGCUUGGAUAAGAAAGAGGGUGAGAAAAACGUGUUGGUCUUUGACUUGGGUGGUGGUACUUUUGAUGUAUCGCUGCUGACAAUAGACAAUGGCGUAUUCGAGGUGGUUGCCACUAAUGGUGACACUCAUUUGGGCGGUGAAGAUUUUGAUCAACGUGUCAUGGAUCACUUUAUCAAAUUAUACAAGAAGAAGAAGGGUAAGGACAUUCGCAAAGAUAACCGUGCUGUGCAGAAAUUGCGUCGCGAAGUUGAGAAAGCAAAGCGUGCGCUGUCUGGUUCUCACCAAGUUCGUAUUGAAAUUGAAUCGUUCUUUGAAGGAGAAGAUUUCUCUGAAACAUUAACCCGAGCCAAGUUUGAGGAAUUAAAUAUGGACUUAUUCCGUUCAACACUGAAGCCAGUAACAAAGGUUCUAGAGGACGCUGACAUGAAUAAAAAGGACGUUCAUGAAAUUGUUUUAGUCGGUGGUUCUACACGAAUUCCUAAAGUGCAACAACUGGUUAAAGACUUUUUCGGAGGCAAGGAACCAUCCCGUGGCAUCAACCCCGAUGAAGCUGUUGCUUAUGGUGCUGCCGUCCAAGCUGGUGUGCUUUCUGGAGAACAAGACACUGAUGCUAUUGUGUUACUUGAUGUCAAUCCAUUGACUAUGGGUAUCGAAACAGUCGGAGGGGUAAUGACAAAGCUUAUUCCUCGUAACACUGUCAUCCCAACAAAGAAAUCGCAAAUCUUCUCGACUGCGUCGGACAACCAGCACACUGUUACCAUCCAAGUCUAUGAAGGUGAACGCCCAAUGACCAAGGAUAACCAUUUGCUUGGUAAAUUCGAUUUGACUGGGAUCCCACCAGCACCUCGAGGCAUUCCACAAAUUGAAGUAUCUUUCGAAAUCGACGCCAACGGUAUUCUACAGGUUAGCGCCGAAGACAAGGGUACUGGCAAUAAGGAAAAGAUUGUCAUCACUAAUGAUCAGAAUCGACUAACUCCUGAAGAUAUUGAUCGCAUGAUUCGCGAUGCCGAAAAGUUUGCUGACGAGGACAAGAAACUGAAAGAGAGGGUCGAGACUCGCAACGAGCUGGAAUCGUACGCAUACAGUUUGAAGAACCAAAUUGGCGACAAAGAUAAACUGGGUGGAAAAUUGAGCGAUGACGAAAAGACUAAAGUGGAAAGUGCCAUCGAUGAUACCAUUAAGUGGAUGGAACAAAACGCCGACGCCGAUCCGGAGGAAUAUAAGAAGCAAAAGAAGGAUUUGGAAUCGAUUGUGCAACCCGUUAUUGCCAAACUGUAUCAAGGAGCUGGCGGAGCACCACCAACCGAAGAAGGUGAUGAUGAUGUCAAGGACGAGCUGUAAAAGAAGGGCGGGAUAAUUUAUUAGUUCAUAAUAUGAUUACUUUUAAUUUCAUUUAGUUUUUAAACUGAUCUAGAAAAAUUCAGACUGAUACACUCUUAAACAAAAUAAGUUUAAUAAAUUUUGAAGAGAUAAUAUGAAGAAAGACAGAAGCCAAUCCAGUCUAGAAAUAAUAUACAUACUUUCCUUUUAGAUGACAGAUUUAGAGUUCAAUCAGUUUAUAUCUUUUGGUUAUCUUUUAUACGUAUUCCAAGCAGGGAAAAUUCUUAACUUUUACCAACUUAUUAAUUUUGAAAUUACUUAAUUUAUUUUGUUAAAUUCUGUAAAUUUUUCGGAUGUGUUCCACAUUCCAAGUAAGUCUCUCCAAAAUGUAAUUCAAUGCUUUUUCAAACUCGCUAUGUAAAACAAAUCACUUAAAAUAAUUUUUGCAAUUGUACAUUACUCAUUCACGCUCAUGAUUUGUAUCUCAUGGAUAAGUGAUUUAAUUUUUUACAAAACAUUAAAUAUAUUAUGAAGAGGAUCGAAAUCUUCGAUUUUACGAAGAGUUUUAUGACUUAAAAUAAUUAAAAAUAAAAUAAUAAAUAGAAGAAAUUUCA